AUGCCGCGAGAUCCGCUGAUAGGAAUCGUUGGCAAGCCCUCUAGCGGCAAGUCAACGACACUGAACUCGCUCACGGACGCCAGCGCAGCCGUGGGGGCGUUUCCGUUCACGACCAUCGAGCCCAACCGGGCCACGGGCUACCUACAGGUGGAUUGCGCGUGCUCGCGGUUCGGGAAGCAGUCGCUCUGCAAGCCCAACUAUGGCUGGUGCGAGGAUGGGAAGCGCCACGUGCCCAUCAUGCUCCUGGACGUGGCCGGCUUGGUGCCCGGCGCGCACUCCGGGCGCGGCCUCGGCAACAAGUUCCUGGACGACCUGCGGCAGGCAGACGCCCUGAUCCACGUCGUCGACGUCAGCGGCACCACCGACGCCGAGGGCAAGACCACGCGCGGCUACGACCCCCUGCAGGACAUCGACUGGCUCCAGGACGAGAUCCGCCUGUGGAUUGAGGGCAACCUGCUCAAGCGCUGGGGCUCCAUCGUGCGCAAGCACACGGCCACGCGCGCGUCGGCCGUUGAGACGCUGCAGGCGCAAUUCGGCGGCUACGGCGCCAACGCAAAGCUCGUUGCCCGUGCCCUCGCACUCGUGCCCGACCUGCCGCCACUCGAGCACUGGGACGCCGCCUGCGUCACACGCGUCGUGCGCGCCUUUAUGGCCGUCAAGUUCCCCACCGUCCUCGCACUCAACAAGAUUGAUCACCCCGACGCAGACAAAAACGUCUCCAAGAUCCUCCUGCGCCACCCCGACACGCCCGCCGUGCUCACCUCCGCCAUCACCGAGGUCUUCCUGCGCAAACUCGACCGCCAGGGCUUCGUGCGCUACCAGCGCGGCACCGAGUUCGUAGACACCGCCGAGGACGACCCCGCCCUGCGCCCGCUGGACGAAAAGCUGUCCCACCGCAUCGAGAACGUCCGCGACCUGAUCCUCUACCGUUUCGGCUCCACUGGCGUCAUGCAGGUCCUGCAGGCCGCCGCCGCCACCCUGGACCUCGUCCCAGUCUACACCGUCAAGAACAUACAUACCUUCGCGGGCGGCAGCGGCCCCCACGUCUUCCGCGACUGCUUCCUGGUUAAGCGCGGGACUUCUGUUCGCUCUGUAGCCCGUCUCAUCAUGGGCGACGUCACUAUAGCCGCCAUUGAGACCGUUGGUGGUGUCCGCGCUGCGGAAGACGACCCGGUCGCGCCCGGACAAAACGACAUCCUCUCCUUCAAGCUGGCGCCAAGAAGCCUGUGA